CUGAUAAGAGCAUAUCAGGACGAGGGAACGCAGAAUCCAAAGGAAGAGGAGGAAACUAAAGAGACUAUCGAACCCGUCUUGAAGAAGAUGCAUGUAGACCUAGCUCCAUCUCUCCCUGUGAGUAAACAGCCUGAAAUGGUGUCUCUGGUGAAUAACACGAAGAAGACGUUAAAGUAUAAUCCGACCGUGGAGGAGAUGUAUAAGCCGGUGGUUGGACCUGAAGCUCCAUAUUACGCAAACCCCCUUGCUUCCGGUGAAAAUAACGUGACCACUGGAUACGUGGAACAUAUGAAUCUGGAAGAGUUCGAUUUCAAAGAACAAUACCAGACUUUUCACAACUUUGGAUAUGCGAAGGCCCCCGAUGGAUCGGAUAAAGUGGUAGGAAACAAGUGGCUGCACGAGAAGUUCGAAGGUCGCACCAUCUUCGACACGCGUCAGGCGGACUACGCGAAAGAGCAAAGCCGCAAACGAGAGCACGCUGGCAAAGCAUCGGAUGUCGAGAAUUGGAAGGGUCCUUGGGCAGGCUACCAGGGCGAAGAAGAAGAUCGAAUGACUUCCGAAGAGAAGGGCGAAAUGACGGAAUGGCAGCGCGUGUGGCUGGAGCGAAACAAGGACAAGAAAGUACGCGAGUGGAUUCGCACCGGCAAAACACCCGAAGACGUGGUGGACGAGGAAACGCCCGUCAAUCCGUUCGAACCGUCUGGCCUCGGAAUUCCAAUCGAAAAGGCGAAGUCGACGUUCCACGGGAAGGAAGAGAAGGAUUAUCUGGGUCGAACGUGGAUCGUUCCGCCCUCGGAUCUGCAUCCAGCGGACCAGAAGCGAUCGUUCCUGCCGACCAAGGUGAUCCACAAAUGGACGGGACACACCGAAGCGGUGCAGAGCAUCGAGUUCUUCCCUACCUACGGCCAUCUUUUGUUGUCUGGAAGCAUGGAUAUGAAGGUAAGCUCGGGCGUGGGGUGUCACUGCCAGGUCAAAAUCUGGGAUGUGUACAAUCGCCGCAACGUAAAGCGGACCUACAUGGGCCACGCUGCGGGUGUGCGCUGGGUCGCGUUCUCUUCGGACGGAAAGACCUUCCUCUCUGCGUCCUUCGAUCGGAAUAUCAAGCUGUGGGACACGGAGAGCGGCAAGUGCAUUGGCAACUACACCAAGGGAACGAUUCCUUUCCAGUGCGUGUGGGCUCCUUCCGAUUCGAAUUCCUUCUUGACUCCCUCCCAGGACUCGUGUAUCCAUCAGUUCGAUAUCCGCACGGGCGAGUGCACGAUGACGUACAACUACCACGAAGCGGCAGUGAACGCGGUGUGCUUCUACGAGAACGGUCGGAAGUUCGUCAGCACGUCGGAUGACCGCAAGAUGCUGUGCUGGGACUACGGCUACAACCCUCCAACGCGAUACAUCCAGGAAACCUACAUGACCUCCAUGCCCGCCAUGACUCUCCACCCUUCUGGCGACUACAUUCUCUGCCAGGCGCUCAACAACCAGAUCGCGGUCUACAAGUGUAUGGACACCGUCGUUCACCAUCCCCGAAAGCGAUUCAACGGCCACAAAGUGAGCGGAUUUGCUCUGCAGCCUGCUGUUUCUCCGGACGGAGAGUUUGUAGGGAGUGGCGAUGCAGAAGGAAAUCUGUGGUUCUGGAGCUGGCGAACGUGCAAAGUGCUGAAGAAGAUGCCGGCGCACAAGGGAGCCGGUGCAGGACUGGCGUGGCAUCCGAUCGAGAAGAGCUAUGUGGCAUCGAGUGGGUGGGACGGAGUGAUUAAGUUAUGGGGCUGA